GCAAUUAGCAACACCGCGUCUAGUCUGCCGGAAAGCCACAGGAAGAAGAAGUUGUAUGCGGGUUAUUGUGAGUGGUCUGUUGCUGAAUGACUGGAUAAAUGGACAAUAAUGAUGGGAUGGAGGUGGAGGGCUGGGACUCUGGUCUGGAGGAGGAGCUGGGUGUGUCUCUGGAGGAGCUGAGUAAGUGGAUUGAGGAGGAGGUGGAGAGGAGCGAGGCAGUCCGCCAGAGGAAGGCCCAGCUGGCUGAGCUCAAAGAAUGGGUGGAGCAGAAAGAGAAGGAAGAGGAGGUGGUGGAUAAACUCUUCAACAAUGCCAACCAGUCCAUAGUGGAGUGUGAGGCGCUGGUGAAGUCCACCUACAGUAAAAUGGGUCUGGUCUACAAGGAGAGCUCUUCAGAGGAUGAGGGUGGAGUGGGAGGGGUUCAGUCCUCUGAUGUCAUAGAAAUUGACGAUGAUGAUGACGAUGAUGAUGUCAUCGCUGUGGGCUUACUGGUUCCUCCCAAGAAACCUGGGAUACCUGUCCAGGAUGCAAUGUUUAAGGAGGCGUCGGCAGCUCUCCAGCGUUCCUCCCAGCAGGUGUUGAAGCUGGCCCAGACAGUCAACAAGAACUCUUCUUCCGGGCCUGCUAUACAACAGCCAGGUGGCCCAGUGCCCAUGCCAGCAGUGUUUGUGUCCCAGGCCACGCCCAGAAACACACCCACCCAGCCUAACCCCUCCCUGAAGGAUGAUGAAAUCAGACUGGAGAUGAGUCUUCUGGGAAAGAAACGCACCAAGACCUGGCACAGCGGAAUGCUCAUCGCCAUCAACCCUGUCGGUAAUGGUUACAGUAAGUACAAGGUGAAGUUUGAGAACAAGGGGAAGAGUCUACUGUCUGGGAACCACAUAGCGUUUCACUACCACCCCACCCUGGAGAGGCUAUACGUGGGAGCCAGGGUGGUCGCCAAGUACAAGGACGGAAACCAGGUCUGGCUCUACGCUGGCAUCGUGGCAGAGAUGCCCAACAACAAGAACCGCAUGAGGUUCCUGAUCUUCUUUGACGACGGUUAUGCCUCCUACGUGACCCUGCCUGAGCUCUAUCCUGUCUGCAGACCAAUGAAGCGUACAUGGGAGGACAUAGAGGAUGCAUCGUGUAAAGACUUCAUAGAGGAAUAUAUAACGUCAUACCCCAACAGGCCCAUGGUGCUGCUGAAGGCAGGCCAGGUCAUCAAGACAGAGUGGGAGGGGACAUGGUGGAGGAGCAGAGUGGAGGAGGUGGACGGCAGCCUCGUCAAGAUCCUCUUCCUGGAUGACAAGCGUAGUGAGUGGAUCUACCGCGGUUCAACCAGGCUGGAGCCCAUGUUCAACCUGAAGACCAACUGUGCCAACACCCAGGAGAAGAAGAUGGCUGGCCAGCAGAGGACACGCCCCAGCAUGGGAGCAUUGAGGACCAAGGGCCCCGUGGUCCAGUAUCACAGUGGGGGGAACACCAUAACCCCCAGUGGGACCCCCACUAAAUCCCCCCAUCCCCUCUCCCCACCCUCCUCUAUCCCUCCUACACCCUCCCAGCCCAAUCAGCUUGCACGAACAGAUCCUAAGUAUCAGAUGGCUAAGAAGAGUACUUCUCCAUACAUUCCCACGCCAGGAGGCUCUCGCACUGGAUUGGCCAGUAAUAGCCACGCCCCUAAAGUCAUGCAGCCCCAACCUCCAACUGGGUCUCCUGGAAACUCAUCCAGAAUGUAUGUCCUUCAGACUGGCAACAUCCAGACUCUCACGUCCCUACAGCCUAUCCAACACCAGCAGCAGUCUCUGCCCCCUCCUCCACAAGCCCCUCCCACUGCCCCCGCACCUGCAGUGACCCCAUACACCUUCAGUAACGACCGGAUUCCCCACGAGCCCUCAUACCGCGCCCCCACAGACCGCAUCUUCUACCUGCCUCACACCUGCCAGCCUGCUUGUCUCAACCGUAUCCGGCCCUCCAGACCAGAUAUGCACCGGGGCAGGAACCCCCUCCUCACCCCUCUACUGUACGAGUUCAGACGGAUGACGGGCCGACGGAGAGUCAACCGCAAGAUGUCGUUCCAUGUGAUCUACAAGUCUCCUUGUGGGCUGUGUCUGCGCAGCAUGGCAGAGAUCCAGCGCUACCUGUUCCAGACGCGCUGUGACUUCAUCUUCCUGGAGAUGUUCUGCUUGGACCCCUAUGUCCUGGUCGACCGGCGCUUCCAGCCCCAGAAGCCUUAUUACUACAUCCGAGACAUCACCAACGGCCGCGAGGACAUUCCCCUGUCCUGCGUCAACGAGAUCGACAUCACACCACCCCCCGACGUGGCCUACAGUAAGGAGCGUAUCCCUGAAGACGGAGUGUUCAUCAACACCAGUCCUGAGUUCCUGGUGGGCUGUGACUGUACUGACGGCUGCAGGGACAAGUCCAAGUGUUCGUGUCACCAGCUGACCCUGCAGGCCACAGCCUGUACCCCUGGAGCACAGAUCAACCACACGGCUGGAUACACACAAAAGAGACUGGAGGAGUGUUUGCCCACCGGGAUUUAUGAGUGUAAUAAGCGUUGUAAGUGCUGCAGUCAGAUGUGUACUAACCGUCUGGUGCAGCACGGUCUGCAGGUGAGGCUGCAGCUCUUUAAGACCCAGAACAAAGGCUGGGGUAUCCGCUGUCUGGACGACGUGGCCAAGGGAUCCUUCGUCUGUAUCUACGCAGGUAAGAUUCUGACAGAUGACUUUGCGGACAAGGAGGGUCUGGAGAUGGGUGAUGAGUACUUUGCUAACCUGGACCACAUAGAGAGUGUGGAGAACUUCAAGGAAGGGUAUGAGAGUGAGGCCCACUGUUCAGACAGUGACGGGAGUGGGGUGGACAUGUCCAGGCUGAAGAACCCCCCCUCGUCCUCCCUGGCUUUGCAGAACAAGAACCUUCCCAAACCCCCCCCAGAGAACCAAUGCUGCCAACCCCCGCGGGGUGCUGGUGGCGACUCCUCUAAGGAUGGGGAUAGUGAUGAAGAGUCGAACAACGACAAAAGUUCAGACGACACGUUUGUGAAGGACCCCUACUACAGUUCCAGCUCUGUGUGGAGGAGCUACACCACCCGGCGCCAGGCCAAGGGCGUCAUGGAAGGGAGCCAGGACAGUAAGGAUGGGAUGAGUGUGUCAGUGGGGGGGAAGGAGGACAGGAAGCCACCCCCCAUGCCAGAGGAGAGUGGGAAGAGUAAAGUAGCGUCCUGGCUCACCAACCAACCCUCUACCUCCCAGGCCACCGUUAAGAUGGAGGGACUGAAGAUAGAGAAGAAGGAGCCCGGAGACCAGAAAAGUCAACAAUCAGUGAAGACGGAGGGAGGGAAGAGACAGGAUGUGAUGACGCUGUCGGACAGUGAUGACGUCCAGACCAUCAGCUCUGGAUCUGAUGACAACAAGGAGAGAGAGAAACGCACACAGGGUGCGGUGAAGAGGCAGGUGGCUGUGAAGUCCACGCGAGGCAUUGCUCUGAAGAACUCCCAUGGCCUGAUGGUGAAGACUGGAGGGGCUGGGAUGGGGCCAGGGGGAGGCCCGGGGGGGCCAGGAGGGGCACAGGGUAAGGGUGGGGACGGGGGAGACAGUGGACCUAAAAACACACGGCAGUUCUUCGAUGGCGAGGAGUCCUGCUACAUCAUCGACGCCAAGCUGGAGGGCAACUUGGGGCGCUACCUCAACCAUAGCUGCAGUGCUAACCUGUUUGUCCAGAAUGUGUUUGUAGACACACACGAUCUGCGUUUCCCCUGGGUAGCCUUCUUCGCCAGCAAGCGUAUCCGGGCGGGGACAGAGUUGACAUGGGACUAUAACUACGAGGUUGGCAGUGUGGAGGGAAAGGAGCUACUGUGCUGCUGUGGCUCAACAGAGUGCAGAGGAAGACUGCUGUAAGAGACCACCCUCUAUACCUCCAUCUCAUCCCUCUAUUUCUUCAUCUUAUCUCGGAGUGCAGAGGGAGUUCUGCUGGAAGAGACCUCUAACUCCGUCUCCUCUCUGAGUGUAGAAGAAGCCUGCUAUAAGGACACACUAUGCUAGAUGGGACACCUGCACCCACGAGUCUCUGUCCAUGUUUCUCUUUUCUUCCUCUCCCUCUAUCUUUUUUUCUGAAUUGUUUGGCUGCCUAUUGCUGAUGUAUUGUAAUUCUUUACUGUUUUGUCUGUAUGCCCAGUUGUCUGUAUGCCCAGUUGUAUUUGACUGUCUGUGAAUUCAGAUAAAACUGUGCUCUUCUCACAACUGAAUUAAAAUCCUGUUUUCUACACA